AUGCAGGAAGCGAGCGCAUUAUCCACGUCUCAACGACUUGUGUCGGUUCUAGAGACCUUUUCCAGAGGCGCUGCGACGGUCGAGGAGCUGGAGUACACGGCCGAGCUGUUGAUUGCUACUUCAGAGGAGGAAACAGCUGUUGUGGACAGAAACGAGCUUGUUGCUACUUUAGUCGAGGUCCUGGAGGGGAUAGAGUUCCUCAGUACGGCGCAGCUAUUGGCCGUUGCGGAAGAAGCGGCAACUGUUCUACUAGGGGAUGUAUCGAAGAGUGACGGGAACGAGGAGAGUCACUCGAACGAGGGAAACCGGUCACGCAAAAAGCGACUUGAGACGCAAUUUGCGAUUGGAAGCGACUGUCUUGCAGUGCUUGAAGAGGACAAUGCGUGGCACCCGGCACGGAUUCGGAAACACAUUGAAGCGCGUGAUAGUGAUACGGAAGAUGCAAGUGGAGAUGAUGGCCGUGUGAUUCAUUUGGAAGUGGAGUUUCUUGAGUUCGGAAAGAGACAAAUUGUCCACGAGACGGACGUGGUGCUGAAUGAAAACGUCGCAGGCGGAGAAGAAGCGGACGAUAUGAAGGGGCGCUGUGCAAUGUGUGAACGUCCGAUGAAUCUGACAGCUCAUCAUGUUAUUCCACGGGUUACGCACUCAAAGUAUCUGCGUAAAGGGUACACGAAAGAGUUCCUCAACACGUGCAUUCUGAUCUGUCGUCAAUGCCAUAGCAAGAUCCACUCGGUUGAGGACAACGUGACGCUUGCACGCGACUACAAUACGCUUGAUAAGAUCAUGCAGCAUCCACAGAUCAUUGCGUGGGUUGCAUUUGCACGGAAGCAAAAGGUCCGCAUGAAACCUCAGAAGCAAAACAGAUGGCUCGUGAGGAAGUGA